AUGUCAACUGAUGUUGAUUACUAUACUAAAUAGCGAAGCAUAUCAUAAUUACCUUAACGCAGACAUCAACACUUAGAUUGUUAUGACAUCAUUACAUAAGACCAACAUUAUUCAGAUUUAGUGAAUUUAGCUGCAAAGUUUAGGUAUAACAGAUUGGAUCGCUUUAAAAUGUUUGUCCUUAAUGGAAUGCUCUAACGAAAUCAGACACUUCAUUCUUAAAUUGAAAAGUGUUUUCGUCGUGGAACUAGACUCUAGACAGAAGAAAGAGUCUUAUAACCAAUUAAAUAAGGAAUACGUAGAACUUCAUUGAUUGAUUACCCUCAAUUGGGACGAAAAACUGUAGAGAGAUUGAAGAUUCAAUAAGAGAAAAACAAAAAAUUAAUGAAAGCAAUUCAUCGCAAUAACGAAAAUGAAAUUUCCACACUCACCACGGAGUGA